CCACGCCCCCUUUGGACGUCAUCACUUCAUCGCGUCAUGCAAGAAAUCGAAGCGGGGAAUUCUGACUACACGAGAAAAGUUGUUUAUUAUAAGCCACCCCCGCGCGUCAUCACUAGCAAACAAGCGGAGAGGGGAAUUGCAACACUGUUAUGUUUUGACCAGUAACUUGUAUAAAGUCACAGUGUGGCGAUGGAUUGCAACAAAAAUGUUGAUGGUUUUCCUGAGACAUCCCUCGUCCUCCUUGCCUUUCUACAGCACAAGAGAUGCCAAAAUGGUGAUCUUAAAAGAGAGCCUGAACUGUCCAACAACAACAAUAAUUACAUUGACAGUGAUGAGGAAUUACAAACCGAUGGACACAGUUCCCCAAUCGACUUUAGGGGAGUUUUACAUGACCUUCAGCUGCAAAUUCAACCUCAACUGUCAGUAAAUGCUGAGGAGGCUCAGGCAGCAAGAGAAAUGGCUGCCGAGUUGAUCCAAAUUGCAGACAUGUUGGAGAAUCGAGUCCUGUCCCGAGCUGCUAACAGUCUAACCAAGAAACUGAGCACCUCUACAUAUCAGUUGCAGGUUUGGUCAAAUCAUCUGUCUGACGGAGUGCAGAGUUUACUUCAGCAUGUGCCUGGUGCCAGAGAGUUUAAUAAGGAACUUGUGGAGAUGGCCUUUACUUUUGCACUUGUGAAGACUGUGUGUGAACAUGCGCCUCCUUUUCUCUUUCAACUUUAUGAUACUGUGGUGCAGACGUUUCUAGCACCAAGACCCCAGUGACUCUUUCCACAGGUGCAAGAUCUGUUGUGUGAGACUAAUGUAUAUACGUUUAUAGAUGUCAUUCAUCUUUUUACUUUUUUUGUAAAGACAAUAUAUUUUUUAUGAUCCUUUUCAUUAGUUGAUUUUUUUUCUUUUAAAUAUUUUCUUUGAUAUUUACUUGAAGUCAUUGUGAAACCUUACAUUUUUCAGUGCAUUAAAAGUGUUCAUGUUUAUUUGUAGCUUGUUACUCUGAAAAUGUUUUAAUACUGUGUAAAAAAAACCUGAGAAACAAAAAGUGAUAAAUAAAAAUCUAUGUUUGCAUUGUU